AUGCCUCAAAAACGUAGCGCCUCAGGUAAUCCGAAAGACCAACAGGACAGAGGUGACGAGACUGAGGGUAUCAGCGAGUGGAAGAAACGCGCGCCAUACAAGAUACACGAUUCGAACGAGGACUUUCCAGUUCGAUAUGAAGCCAGCUGCCAUUGUGGCCAGGUGAAGUAUCAAUUGAAGCGUGAAACGCCAUUGGCUUCAAAAUUAUGCCACUGCACGACGUGUCAGACUCAGCAUGCUGCCCCCUUCCAGUGGGCUGCCAUCUUCCAUAAAGAGGACAUCAACUUCAGUCACGGUCAUCACAAGCUCGAGUGGUACGACCCAACUGAGAAAUCGAUCGAGCACAAGUUACCAUGCAAAGUGCGAUGCUCAUAUUGCCAUUCGCCGAUCAUGGAUGAAGGGCGCAAGAUGAUACUUCUGUUUCCGACACUGAUUCACUUCAAGAAGGAUAGCGACAAGGAACGUUUCAAGCCACAAUGCCAUAUGUUCUACAACGAGCGAGUCAUUGACAUUCCUGAUGGUCUGCCGAAGUGGACGGGCUUGAACGAUUCGAGUGAGCUCAUAGAAGACAGCCCACCAGAGAUGGUAAAGGAGCUAGAGAAGAAAAGAGAAAAUGAACAGAAAAAGAGUGAGAAGAGCGAAAAAGAGUGA